AGGGAAGGGGUGGGAAGAGCUCGCAGCACAGCCGGGUGGCCGUCGGGCUUUGGGAGAGAGCGAGAGAGAAAUCCGGUUAAAAUCAGAGUCGGAGGGAGGUUUAACCAAAGGUCGGUUCCGUUCGGAUUAUUCCUUAAAGGGGACGCGCCAUUGUCAAGAGAACGGAGCCAGGGGCCCGAGGGCGGGGACUGGCGGCGCUGGAGGAGCGAGGCAGCUGUACUAGGACUGGGGACGGCCUAGAACAUUCCAUAUUCUAUUUCACACACGGUGACUCACUCACUACUGCUUUGCACCAGUGUGCCCACUUGAGUGCCUGUAAAGUACAAGCUCCAGAUUGAAAAAGCUUCUAGAUGGAUCCUUUCCAAACUUGGUGUCUUUUCUACAAACUCUGUGCCUCAACAACCAUUUCUAAGUGAGCUGAAGCCAUUUAUUGGUAUCUUGGAUGGGUAACAUCUAAAUGCUUAAUUCCUGAAACCACUCAAGAGUCAUAGGAUUAGACGAUCCAAGUUACCACCAGGAAAUUACUGUCUCAAGUGAUACGCUUCAGCACCAGUCAGCAAAGUGAAUAAGUACUGUGCUUCUUCCAACUUUCAUUCCACUUGGGGAGAAAAGAACAUCAUCAUGUCAAACAUUACGAUUGACCCAGAUGUCAAACCUGGGGAAUAUGUCAUCAAGAGCCUUUUCGCAGAAUUUGCUGUUCAAGCUGAAAAGAAAAUUGAAGUUGUAAUGGCUGAACCCUUGGAGAAGCUAUUGUCCAGAUCUCUUCAGAGGGGUGAAGAUCUUCAGUUUGAUCAGUUGAUAAGCUCUAUGAGCUCAGUAGCAGAGCACUGUCUCCCUUCCUUACUUCGCACCUUGUUUGACUGGUACAGACGCCAAAAUGGAACAGAAGAUGAAUCUUAUGAAUAUAGGCCUCGGUCUAGCACAAAGUCUAAGGGGGAUGAACAGCAACGUGAAAGAGAUUAUCUUCUUGAAAGGAGGGACUUAGCAGUAGACUUCAUUUUUUGUUUAGUUUUAGUUGAAGUUCUAAAGCAGAUUCCUGUUCAUCCUGUACCCGAUCCCUUAGUUCAUGAAGUUCUAAACUUAGCUUUUAAGCACUUUAAACAUAAGGAAGGAUAUUCAGGAACCAACACUGGGAAUGUGCAUAUUAUUGCGGAUUUAUAUGCAGAGGUAAUAGGGGUUCUUGCCCAAUCAAAGUUUCAGGCUGUAAGGAAGAAGUUUGUGACAGAAUUAAAAGAACUGCGACAAAAGGAACAAAGCCCACAUGUGGUACAAAGUGUCAUCAGCUUAAUAAUGGGAAUGAAAUUUUUUCGAGUAAAAAUGUAUCCUGUAGAAGAUUUUGAAGCAUCAUUUCAAUUUAUGCAGGAAUGUGCUCAGUAUUUCUUAGAAGUGAAAGAUAAAGACAUAAAACAUGCACUUGCUGGUUUAUUUGUGGAGAUUCUUAUCCCUGUAGCUGCUACUGUUAAAAAUGAAGUGAAUGUUCCCUGUUUGAAAAAUUUUGUGGAGAUGCUUUAUCAGACUACUUUUGAACUGAGCUCAAGAAAGAAGCAUUCAUUGGCUUUAUAUCCGCUAAUUACCUGCCUUUUAUGUGUCAGUCAGAAACAAUUUUUUUUAAAUAACUGGCAUAUUUUCCUACAGAACUGUUUGUCACAUUUAAAGAAUAAAGAUCCUAAAAUGUCUCGAGUUGCACUGGAAUCUUUGUAUAGAUUAUUGUGGGUUUAUGUAAUUAGAAUAAAAUGUGAAAGCAACACUGUAACUCAAAGUCGUCUUAUGAGCAUAGUGUCAGCACUUUUUCCAAAAGGCUCACGAAGUGUGGUUCCUCGUGACACACCUCUCAACAUAUUUGUGAAGAUUAUUCAGUUCAUUGCUCAGGAACGCUUGGAUUUUGCAAUGAAAGAAAUAAUAUUUGAUCUUCUCAGUGUUGGAAAAUCUACUAAAACUUUCACUAUUAAUCCAGAGAGAAUGAACAUAGGCCUCAGAGUCUUCCUUGUAAUAGCAGACAGUUUGCAGCAGAAAGAUGGCGAACCACCCAUGCCAACAACAGGAGUUAUUCUUCCCUCAGGAAAUACUCUUCGUGUAAAGAAAAUUUUUCUCAAUAAAACCUUGACAGAUGAAGAAGCAAAAGUCAUAGGAAUGUCAGUUUACUAUCCUCAAGUAAGAAAAGCAUUAGAUAGCAUCCUCAGACAUUUGGACAAAGAAGUUGGGAGACCAAUGUGUAUGACCAGUGUGCAGAUGUCUAAUAAGGAGCCUGAAGACAUGAUUACGGGGGAAAGAAAACCCAAGAUUGAUUUGUUUAGAACUUGUAUUGCUGCGAUUCCAAGGUUGAUUCCUGACGGUAUGAGCAGAACUGACCUCAUUGAAUUGUUAGCAAGGCUCACAAUUCAUAUGGAUGAAGAACUGCGUGCUCUGGCUUUCAAUACUCUGCAGGCACUAAUGCUUGAUUUUCCAGAUUGGCGGGAGGAUGUUCUUUCAGGAUUUGUUUAUUUUAUUGUUCGUGAAGUGACUGAUGUCCAUCCCACGCUUCUUGAUAAUGCCGUAAAGAUGUUGGUACAAUUAAUAAAUCAGUGGAAACAAGCAGCCCAAAUGCAUAAUAAAAACCAGGACACUCAG